AAUUUCCAUAGAAUUUUCGCCAAUUUGAUUGAACGCAAUAAACAAAACGUAAAGACGGAGAAAUUUCUAGCUUGAUUUAUAUGCAGAACAUAAAAUUUGGUCAACGCACAGCACACACAAACAAACAAACGAUAAAUCUGCUUUGAAUAUUAAGCGUACAAAUUCUCAUUAAACAAAUUCAAUUGACGCGAGCUCUCUGAGAGGGAGAGGGAAACAACAACAGCACUCACACAAGCAGCGACGCCGGCAGUGCAGUUGACAGCAAACGCGACAAAAUCGACGACAGUUCAAUUGAAUAGUUUUCAGGCAGCCAACGGAGUCCGCCGCGUCGAGUCCACAGAAAUAAACGCAAUCCACAAAAUUUAAGUUCUACACAACUUCUAGCGAAAUGGAUGAGAACUCGCGUGUAUUGAGCAUUUUGGGUGGCAUUGCCAUUAGCAUUGUUGGAUUCCAGAUCUGUCGCAAGGUCUUGCCAUGGAUCUAUUCGAAUAUGUUGGGUCCCCAGCUGUGCGGCUCCUCGGUAAAUCUGGCCAAGAUGGGUGACUGGGCAGUGAUUACCGGAUCGACGGAUGGCAUUGGAAAAGCCUACGCCAGGGAGUUGGCUCGCAAAGGACUGAAGCUGGUGCUGAUAUCACGCUCGCUGGAUAAACUGAAGACUGUGGCAAAGGAAAUUGGCGAUGAGUUUGGCGUCGAGGUGCGUGUGAUUGAUGUGGACUUUACUGCCGGCGCAGAGAUCUAUGAGAAGAUACGUGAGCAGACCACAGGCCUCGAUGUCGGAGUGCUGGUGAACAAUGUGGGCAUUAGCUAUGAUCAUCCCGAAUACUUUUUGGAUUGCUGCCAAGCUGAUCCCAAGUUCCUGCGCAACAUUGUGUCGGCGAAUAUACAUUCCGUGACCCAUAUGACGGCACUCUUUAUGCCGGGCAUGGUGGCCAAGCGCAAGGGAGUCAUCAUAAACAUCUCAUCAACGGCGGGCGUGAUUCCCAAUCCUCUGCUGAGCGUCUACAGCUCUACAAAGGCAUUUGUGAAUAAGUUCAGCGAUGAUCUGCAGACGGAAUACAAGAGCAAGGGCAUUAUUAUACAGAGUGUGCAGCCUGGUUUUGUGGCAACCAACAUGUCCAAGAUACGUAAGCCGAGUGUGUUUGCGCCCACUCCCGAAACGUAUGUAAAAUCCGCAUUGGCCACACUCGGCAUUGCCACACAAACAGCUGGAUACUUGCCACACGCAUUGCUUCAACUGGUCAUCCAUUUUACAGAGGCUGUGCUCGGCGAACAGUUUGCCAGGAACUUGGUUCUUAAGUCCAUUGCAGAUACACGCAAGCGUGCUCUGCGUCGCCAGGCAAAGCAACAAUAAGAAUGCCCAUUAUCUAUCUAUCUAUCUAUCGUAAUUUCCAAAUGUACAAAUAUCUAUGCCAGUUAGAGUCUGUUUACGUUUGGUUUUUUGGGAGGGAAUUCAGUAAUAAUAUGAACAACAAUUGACUCGAAAGUUGAUGCUGACAGGUGACUAAUACUUGCUUUACCAAAAAUAUGAACAAAAUGUAACCCAUACCAAUGAAAAUGUUUUAUAUUUUUUCCUUUUUUUUUUUAAAUUCACCAAGUAUUGUUAGUUUUGCAACACAAAUAAAUUGAAAUUAAUUUUUGAAA